AUGAAUCAGUAUUUACUUGACAAUACUUUAUGGAAUACUCCAUAUUACUUUUAUAGUGAGAAAAAGUGCUCUAAAUUUUUCAAAGGACUCGUCGGACUGACAAGGUCGAGUGCAUUAUUCAAGUCGCCAACGAACGGUGCUGAGAAUACGCAGCCAAAUACCCCAGCAAAUGAGGUUUCGAAUGAAAUAGCAAGAUUUUAUAUUUAUAGCCCUGACCCACUUUUAGAAGCUUAUUUUGUUGAAGCAGCUGAAGUAGACCAAGAAGCUCAGCGUGAGUAUCGGAGAAAGCAAUACCCGAAUGCUAGAGCACUUUAG